AUGGCAGUUGAGGAGUUGCAUGGUCGCUUGCUAGAGCAGUUUUUAUCGUACUCUGGUUUCUUGGGGACUGGUGUCAGUGGACAGGAGACCACUGUGUACUCCAGAGAUGGAGAUGAUGUCACUCUGCCCUGUCAUAAUGUGGUUUAUCCUGACUGCUCCUCAACUACAUGGAUAUUCAGCUACAUGGGAUCUCCAGCUGUUCUACUUGUCAGUCAUGGUGAGAAGAGCACAGAGAACAGAGAGAGAGCUGACAGACUGAGUCUGGGGUCUAAGUGCUCUCUGCACAUUAGUAAAGUCACACCUCAGGAUGCUGGACAAUACACCUGUCGACCGUAUCAGAAUGCAGUGUGUACAUUUCAAAUACCGUCUGAUGAAAUGAAUCUGAUCUGGGUGAAUGAGACAGAUGUCAGUUUAACAGAUUCCAGAUUCCAGAUCUCAUCCUCAAAUCACUGCCCCAGUGCUCUAACUGUGAGACUGCAGGACCAAGACAACAACAGGAAGUGGACAUGCCAACUGACUGAUGGAGAAGUUAAAACUUCAGUCAGUUACAUCACCAAAAGGACAGGAGAAGGUGUGAAGCUGAACAAGAACAAAGUGCAAACGAACCUCAACACGCCCAGACCCACAGACAAAAAAUGCAUGUGA